AUGAAUAGUGCUAAAAAGCGCCGUGUCGCUGCCGGUGGAGCGACGGCCGCCGCGCAACAACAGGAGCAACAGGCACAGAAAGCCAGCGACGAACGGAACGAAGCCGAUGUUGACGACGAUGCGGUGCUGUCCGACGAAGAGGGUGGUACGCAUGUCGGGGAUAUCUACAUUCCGCCGCCGGUGCCAGCGUACUGUUCAAACGAGUGCAAGGGCCCGCGUCUAAUUAUUGAGUAUAUUUCCAACUACAAUUUCAAAAGCUAUGCCGGGCACGUAUGGCUUGGCCCGUUCCAUCAACGGUUUUCAGCCAUCAUCGGCCCGAACGGUAGCGGCAAGAGCAACGUCAUCGACUCGAUGCUGUUCGUGUUCGGGUACCGGGCACAAAAGAUUCGAUCGAAAAAGCUCUCCGUACUGCUGCACAAUUCCUCCGCGUAUCCAAACACGAACAAGUGCACGGUUGGCGUGCACUUCAAGCAGAUCGUGGACCGCGACGAUGGGUCUUUCGAUGAGGUUCCGAACAGUGGUUUCGUGGUAGCUCGGACGGCCUUCCGGGACAACACCUCGUACUAUACGAUCGAUGACAAGCGAGUUCACUUUCGGGAGGUGGCCAAGCUACUGAAGAAUCACGGAAUCGAUCUCGACCACAAUCGGUUCCUUAUUCUUCAGGGAGAGGUCGAAUCGAUUGCGAUGAUGAAGUCGAAAGCGCAGAAUGACAACGAAUGCGGUCUGCUCGAAUACCUAGAGGACAUCGUCGGGACAACGCGGUACAAGCAACCGCUGCUGAAGAUCAAUGAGCGCGUGGACAGCCUGAACGAGGAGCGCACUGAAAAGCACAACCGCUGCAAGCUGGCCGAACGUGAAAUGAAGGACCUCGAAAAGCCGAUGGACGAAGCGGUCGAGUAUCUGAAUCUGGAGAACACACUGACCCGCACGAAAAACCAACAGAUACAGAAAUACAUCAGCGAGCAACGCCAGAAGAUCGGUGAGAUGGAGGUGGAGCGCGAGCAGGCGGCCGGCAUACUGGGCCGCCACGACGAAACGUACGAAGCGAUCAAGGUGGAACGGUUGGAAAAGGAAAAAACGGUCAAGGAAGAGAUCAAACAAUACGACGCGCUGGUGAGCGCGAAGGAAGCCAAAGAGGCAGCACUGAAAAGCUCACUGGACAAGUACGCCAAGGUGCAAGCAAACAUGCGAUCCACUAACGAGAGACGCAAGAAAACGAUGGAGCAGAUCAACGCAGAGAAGACACGCUUGAAGGAACUGCAAGGUGUCCCGGAGAAAAACCAGCGCGAGAUCGCGGAGUCGGAAAAAAAGAUCGAAUCGCUCAGCAAACAAAAAGCGGAAGUGGAGACAAGACUGGCGGCCAACAUGGAAACGCUGCAGGACGAAACGAGGGUGCUGUUGGAGGAGAAGGAAAAACUGCAAACUGAAUUGAUUGACCUAAAGCGCGUGGUGGACGACAGCAAAUCCGCGCUAUCACUGGCCGAAUCGGAGCUCAAGAUCUGCCAACACGACGAGGUUAUGGAGCGGAGGAAGCUCGAAACGCUUCGCUAUUCGUUCGAUGAAUCGUCGAAAACAUUCGAAGAAAAACAAUCCCGUUUACAGGAGCUGGAAGAAGCGCUGCCCGUUGCGCGUGCCAAGCUAGACGACGAGCAACAAAAACUGGCCCAAAACGGCCAGGAGGAGCAGGAGCUCCGUUUGGAGUUGCGCGCGGUACAGGGUAAACUGCAGGAAUCAAUCGCCGCCAUGCAGUCAACACGUUCACAAGGCAAAGUGCUGGAUGCUUUGAUGCGUCAGAAGAAUGAAGGGCGCAUUCCAGGAAUCUUGGGCCGCCUUGGUAAUCUCGGCGGCAUCGAUUCAAAGUACGACGUUGCCAUCUCAACGUGCUGCGGGUACCUCGAUCAUAUCGUGGUAGAAACGGUUAAUACAGCCCAGGCGUGUAUUGACUUCCUGAAGCAGCACGACAUUGGCAGAGCAUCGUUCAUUGCCCUGGAAAAGCAGCAGCAUUACCAGCGAUACUGCCACAAUAAGAUUAAAACACCUGAAGAUGUCGCUCGCCUGUUUGAUCUGAUUCGGGUCGAGGACGAGCGUGUUCUGCCAGCGUUCUACUUUGCGUUACGCGACACGCUCGUGGCAGAAAAUCUCGACCAAGGCCAGCGCAUUGCGUAUGGUGCGAAGCGCUAUCGCGUGGUCACAAUCGGGGGAGAUGUGAUCGAAAUGUCCGGUACGAUGUCGGGCGGCGGUCGAUCGCAGCAACGUGGCCGCAUGGGUACACAAGUGCAGACCAAAACGGUCAAAGCAGCAGCCGGCCCCUCGAGUGACGAAAUCGAACAGAUGCAGGUCCGGGCACAAGACAUCCAAGCGCAGAUCAACUACCUGCAGGAGCAGCAGAGUACACUGCACGCCAAUAUUCAGCAACUAACGAAGCAGGUGAAGCAGCAAGAGAUAGAGAUAAAGUGCUUGAAACUGGACGUAAACAGCUUGCGGGAGCAGUUGCCGCGCUUGCGUGAGCAGCUCGAGCGCCAGGAAGAACGCGUCGCACAGACGCACUCCGACCCUGAGAAGGUGCGCUCGCUAGAAGCCAAGGUGAGCGAAGGCAAGCGGGUGUUUGAAAGUGCCAACGAGAAGGCGACCAAGGUGCAGAAGCAGGCCGAUCAGUACACGGAGCAAAUCAACGAAAUCACCAACAGCAAAGUAAAGGUGCUACAGACGAAAAUCGCCGGAUUCACCAAACAAAUCGACAAGCUGACGGCCAACAUCAGUAAGCUAACGGUUGAGAUUAAAACAUCCGAACGCAACGUGAAAAAGUCGGAGGACAAAAUUCGAAGCAUGGAGGAAGAAGUGGAAGCCGCCCAGAAUGCGAUCCGACAGGGAAAUGACGAGCGCACACAGCUGGAGGAGACGGCGAACAAGCUGAAGGAGGAACUUGAGCAAAUGAAAGAGGACAUCGAAAAGGCUCACGAGGGUUCCUCGAGCAUCAAGAAGGAGAUCGCUGCACUACAGAAACGCGAGGCGGAAGGCAAGAUGAAACGCCUAGAGUUCGAGCAAAUCCUGCAAACGAUCGAGACCAAGCUGAAGGAAGCGAACGACACGUUGCCCUACUGGCGGGACAAGCUGAAACCGCUUACAUUGCACGAAAUCCCCAACAAACCUGCCCAGGAACCGUUGAAGGAGUACACCGAGGAGGAACUGGCCGCUUACAAGUCGGCCGACCUGCUGUAUCAGAUUUCGAUUCUGGAGGAAAAGUUGAACGCCAACAAACCCAACCUGUCCGUAAUUAACGAGUUUUUUAAGAAACAGGAAGCGUAUCUGAUGCGCGUGUCGGUGCUGGAAAAGAUAACCAGCAAACGAAAUGAAAUGCGCGAACUGUACGAUGAUGUGCGCAAGAAGCGGUUCAAUGAGUUUAUGUGCGGCUUUCGCAUCAUCACCAAGAAGCUGAAGGAGAUGUACCAGAUGAUCACGCUCGGCGGUGACGCUGAGCUGGAGCUGGUCGAUUCGAUGGAUCCGUUCAACGAGGGCAUCGUCUUCAGUGUGCGGCCGCCGAAGAAAUCGUGGAAAAUGAUUUCAAACCUUUCUGGUGGCGAAAAGACGCUCUCCUCCCUGGCGUUGGUAUUCGCGCUGCAUUACUACAAGCCGUCGCCAUUGUACGUGAUGGAUGAAAUUGAUGCGGCGCUCGAUUUUAAGAAUGUGUCCAUCGUAGCUCAUUACAUCAAGGAACGCACAAAGAAUGCCCAGUUCAUUAUUAUUUCACUUCGCUCGAAUAUGUUCGAGCUUUCGGACUAUCUGGUGGGCAUCUGGAAGGUAGACGACUGUACUGAAUCGGCGACGAUACGCAAUGAUCCACCAGUGCCCGUUGCUCCUAUCGGCAGCCAACAGCAACACCCGCAGCCGACACAGCAAUUUGGUUACAGCGUCGAUGUAGAUCCGCAACAAGAAGGUGACGCUGAUAGAGAAGCCAGGAAUGGAGAGGUGGACACAAAUGCAAACGAAAACAGCGGAGAAAAGGACAAACAGCAUGAAGUGUUACAACCAACGUCAAACCACGAGGCAGAAAGCGAAGUGCAAGCGAUGGACUUUGAAGAAGUAGAUUGAUCUAUGCUACUGUGUGUUAGAAUAAAACUUCAGGGAACUGGUUUUUGCAUUUUGUUUCUUAUUCAAAUUCUCU